UUAAAAAGCCAGGAUUCUACGUCAGGUUGUACACAAGUAAAGAGAUUAUGCAACAAGUCAAAUUGUACAGUAGGAGGUGGCGGGAAUAAACUCUUCAAAGUCUUAACACUCCUCUUAGUUCGCAGAAAUCAAUCCCCUUUUGGAAGGAUAAUGGGAUCUGCCACCCAACGCAUCCGAAAAGAAUCAAAUUAAGAAGCGAAAUACAUGACGAAGCGCGCGCGCGUCAAGUAAAUCAGAUACGAGUAUCGGCAGCCGGGCUUUUGAUUCGAUCGAAGCCUUUCUGCAGAUUGUUCUCAUUAUAGACGUCCAGCCGCUGCCGUUCAUGAGCUGAACAAAUGAGGCGAAGGAAGGAGAGGGCUGAGGACUCCGAUAGGAUCAUUGGACCCAUUCCUGAGCGGUAAUUGGGUGAAAGUAGCUGUCUAUCAGAAUGCCGAGAUGUCUUCCCCCCCCCCGCGGGAGGCGACUCUUCUGUUAUUAAGGAAGCUUGUGCAGAGGACGGAGAGGCUGACGCAGUUUUGAAGGAGGAAAAGCAGAGGAAAAGAGGAUGGAUUGGAUGAAAUUACGUUCAUAUUCCCAGAAGAGGCAAACCCAAAAGAGAACACAUUGUGCUUCUCCAUUGCCAGCUAAAACAGCAUCUGUUGCAAUGGUCGGAAUGAAGAGUAAAGCCAAAGCUUCUCGGGAGCAUCCAGAUCAGCUUUCUAAGUUUAAUUGUGAUCCUCAGGUGAAAAGUACUGUUGGUAAAAAAAAAGGGCAAAUGAAAAGCACUGUUACAAAAGCAUUACCAAAAAUUCAAGAACACUCUCAAGUGACUCAGAUGGUUUGUCCUUCAUCUGAAGAAAACAUUGAAUUAAAUUGCAAUGAAUAUAGCAGUACAGAGGUGACCAACGAUAUCAGUGACAUGAAAACAACUCCUUUAAAGGAUUCCUUGCAUUUAGCCUCUGCAGGUACACAAAGCCUGAGAUACGGUGAAGCUACUUCAGAAAUGACAUUACCAACAGGAGUUUCAGACUUUUUGCUUGAUUGUUUGGAUAUGGAGACUACUCCGGACUGUAGUUAUACCAAGAGUAUUGAUUCUACCAGUAGUUAUUCAUCACCUGAAAUAUUCAGGGAUGAAACUGGCUUAGAAGACACUGCUAGUCCUGAAACACAUCUUGCGUGCAAAAAUUCAACUCUCUUGGAUACCAGCAAAGCCAUCAACAUAGACAAGAUGUCACAACUGCCAAACCUUUCUAAAAUACUCGGUACCCCUUUAGGAAUCCAAGGCCAGAACAUUGCCAGAAAACAAUCCAGGCAGAAACUGACUUCUGAACCCACAAAUACUUCAGCCAUGGUAGCAGGGAAACAGGUGUACAAAAUUUUGCCUGCAAAUGAAAAAAGACUUAAAUCACAGCCUUCUGGAGUUUCAUUAUUGCUUCCAGAACAAAAAAACAAGAUUGAGCAUCAGCAACCUGUCAAAAGGAAAUGUAGAAAAAAAAUAACAUUCAAAGAUGUAAGUUCUCUAUCCUCUCCUCGUGUAUCGCCUUCAUCUGGAAAAAACAGCUCCAAGGAAAUGUGUGGGAUCGUACCAUCCAAAUUAUCAGAGGCUGACAUGUUAGACUCAUUGUCCACACAUGAAGCCUCUGUCAGGGACACAAAGAAUCCAAAUGUGAAUUCAGAAGCAAUUGUUCCCCUUUCUCCCCAAAGGACCAUUUAUCAGCAUUUACACAGUCCACCAGAAAUCUGCUGUAUUAUUCAAGCUUCACCAGGAUUUAGACCACUGAAAGUACUCCAACAUCCAACAAAUAGAAAAAAAGGCUUUAUCCCACCAGAGGCAACUGAAGAUAUUAUUACAAGCUCAGAAAACUGGACCUGUGGUAAUGGUAGCUGAACAUUUCAGUUGUUCCCUCACCAAAGCAGGGAAGAAACUAAGCAGAGAACCUUUUGGAUCCUGCUGCAGUAUCUACUAUAAUCAGCAGGUAUAAUUAGCAAAAUUCAUGGGCAUUAAAUUUUAUUGGAAUAAGUUAAAAAAGGGGAAAUGGGAAAUUGAGAAAAUGGAAGAUGCAUAUAAUUAAAGUAAAUACCUGGCUUUUGUAAAUUUGAAACCUGAUGAUAAUUUAAAAAAAAUAAUGGGGGAAAAUAUACUUUCGGAUACAUGUAUUUUGAUAAGUAAAAAUAUUAUUGACUGUAAAAUAAUAAGUUUAGUGUUCAUGUUUUGAAUUACAUUUUUUAAACUAGUGUAUAUAUCUUUGUAUGAGAUAUAU